AUGCAACAACAGCCACCUCACCUCACCAGGGAGAUGGCACUGUUCCUCCCUACCGAGGUAGAGCUGCUACGUGUGGUGUUUGAGGCAUAUGCACUAACACCGCCUGCCCGUGCGCCUUGUCUCGGCCUCUAUGAGCUCUACGCACUCUUGCCACACUUUGGCCCCGAACGGCCUCUGGCCGAUGUGGCCGACCUCAUCUACCGCUUCGACUCGACGCUGCUGGGCUUUGUUGACUUUGAUGACUUUCUCGAGCUCAUUCAAUGGGUCAUUCGCGACGCUGCCAAUCAGCAAGAGAAGCUGCUUGCCGCUCUCCGUGUCUGUGCCCGGAACUCGUCGACGCGAUCAUCGAGCUCGUCUGUCAUCGAUGCUUACACGCUCCGCCAGCUGCUCAUGGCGCCCGGCUCAGAGUCGCCGCUGACGUACUCGGAGUUUGCCGCCAUCCUCCGCCGCCUCUUUCCGCUCGAGGCGGCAGGCACCUCGGCGUCGAAGCGGAGCCCUGAGGCGCUGGUUGGUCUCCUCUCGGACGCACUGCACCCAGUUGUCGCCUCGUUCAUCGAUCGGCUUGAGGCGCGCAAGGUCUCGUUCCCGCGCUCGCUUGCUCGGGCCUCGAAGCGUCCGUUUGCAUACUUGCCCGGCGUGUCUUCGCUGCUGAAGCACGCCUCGGCGAGCGUCCACGCCGACGAGGUGGUGCUCAAGGUCCGCAUCUUUGAAGCGCUCGACGUCGAGGGUCUGGCGCGGGUCCGCCCGCUCCCGCACGGCGCCGGCAUCGAGUAUGAGGCGCUCUCUCUGUAUGUUGUUGCCCGGAUUUCGCCGUCCGAGUCGAUGCCGGCAGUCUCGGCGCGGACGCCGGUGCUGGUUCGCGAGCUCUACCCCGAGUGGCACCAAGACCUCGAGCUGCGGAUCCCACUCCCAUCGCCACGGCUGAGCGACAUUCAGGUCUGGGCAUCAAACGUUCACCUGCACUUUGAAGUCUACGACGCCGUGGCGCACAUGCCGGCACCGCAUGCCGAGUGGAUCGGCGCGGCUUCGCUCCCGCUCUCGGUCGCCCUCCACAACGCCGCCAAGCACGCACACUUUGCGCUGGCACUCUCUGCGCCUGGUGGCCUUGUCUCGCCCAACGCCGCAUGCUACAAGUUCCCCGAGCGGACCGAGCCGUCGCGGCUGGCGCGCGCCAAGACGCCGGUCGGCGCGCACGCCAAGUCGCCGGGCCUCACCGCGCUCGACUCGUUCUACCCGGCACGCGACCGGUCGAUGCCGCGAUCGCCGGGAGGGUCAGACGGCUCGGAGGCCCGCGGCAUUUCGCUUCCAACCGGAGCCAUCUCCCGCAACAAGGCCGGUGACCUUGAGGCUGCUGUCGUGCUCGAGUCGGCCAUUGCUGCCGCUCGUGAGCGGAAGCAGCUGGAGAGUGGCGGCAAGGCUAGGAUUCUGCGGCCGCGGCUGGUGGUCUCGCUUGCGUUUGCCACUGACUUUGACGCUGCUCACGACGCGAACGCCGCCGAUCCGGGCGAGGUGCGGCUCUCGGCGCUCUCGCCCAAGAUCAUGGAGCACUACUUUGUGCCACCAGACGUGCUCUGGCUUGCGUUGUAUCCGGGGCGGAUGGAGGAGGAUCUGAGUGCCGGACUGGAGGUCGAGUCUGAGCCGGUGCCCGAUGGCUCGCGUCAAUCGUCGACGCGCCAGGCCAACCUCGACUCGCUGCUGGCAGCAAACCUCGACGACGUGGCCGAGAUGCUGGCCGAUGGCGGUAAGGGCAGGGAUCUUGCCAGCGGCGCGCUGUGGGAGCUCUAUCUCCAGUCGCUGGAGGAUGCGUGUUCGGCCAUGCCGCGGCGUGCCUUUCAGCUCGUUGCAAUCGACGAGUAUAACCGCUUCCGCUGGCUCCCGUCAUUUGUCUGCCCCAUGCCCUCGACAGCUGCCGGCCACUCGGAGGUCGAGCUUCUUGCCAUGGUCUCUGCGCUCUCGGACGACGGCUUCCCGACAGACAUUGCGUGCGGGAAGCCGAACCAACCGCGGAUGCAGACGCUCUCGCCUGCGGUCGUCAUCUCGCGCAAGGCGGCGUCCGAGCUGGAGAAGGCUCUUCUCCUUGCGUCGCUGCUCAUCGGCGCGGGCGCCGACGCAUACGUGGUGGUUGGCCGGCGGACAACCGGUGCGUUUGCGUACUGGGUCGUCACUCUCAGCCCGCUUCCGUACAAGCGGCGGCGGAAGCGGCGGAAGCGGACGGCAGACGAAAAGGCGGGGAAGGGGCACGGCCCAGAUGCGGCAGCGAGCCAGCCACGGUCGCGCUCGCGCUCGCGCUCGCAGACGCGGUCGCGGACGCACGCCAAACCGGCAUCGCGGCGGCCGUCGGUCGUCGACGCGAUGGGUAACGUGCUUGUCAUCGGCGAUGCCAACGGCCCGGCAGUGGCCGCCAAGCGGCGGGCGUCGCUCGUCGACGCCUCGCUCAAGGCGGAUACCCAGGCGGCAAUCCGGUCACUGGCUGGAGAUGCUCGGCCGGUUCCACGGUGGGGCCGACGUGGUUCGACGCCAGACCUGCCGAGCGGGGGCGACUCGGCCAGUUUGUUUGUAGACUCGGCGGCGUUCCUGAAGCUGCCGGCCGGCUUGCCGCCGACGAGCCAAGCGGCACAGAAGCGACGCGGCUCGGUCGAUGUCGGGCUGGCGGCACUUGCACUGCGGCGCGGCUCACUCGACAAGCGUCCGAUGCGGGACGGAAACGACUCGUUUGACUCUGCAUGCUCCGACUCGUCCGUCGACUCGGUUGAAGCUGCAGUCAAGCGGGUGCAGCAGGCUGCAAUUGAUGCUGGCUCGACAGGCGGUCGGCGACGGCGCAACUCGCUCGCGGGCGUCGUGGCUGACGCGAUAGCUCUUCAUGCGGGUGGCGGUGAGGUCGGAGGUGGCGGCAAUCGCGACGAGUACACGUACUCGUUCUACUCGACGACCGAUGGCGGUGCCGACGGCGGCAACGGCGACGAUGACGGCAACGAGUGGGGCAUGCUCUCGCCACGCGGGAUAGAGCGCGGCUCGCACUCGCGGUCGCGGACCUCGAUCGUACACCAGUCGCACUCGCAGUCGUUCCUCGGCCUCGAGUCGGUGCUCUCGUCAGAGUUUGGUGGCGGGGCGCGGACUCCUGGCCUCGAUCGGUACUCUUCGGUGGCGCGGAUGCACAACCCGCUGCUUGCCUUUGAGCCGCGCAAGUUUUCCAAGCGCGCUCGGCCCAACGUGCGGCCGAUGGGUGUGGUUCACUUUGAUGCUGCGAGCGGUGCCAUGUUCACCUCGUGCGACGACGCCGGCUUUCCGUUUGCCUCUGUCGGCACGCUCUUCAACGGCGACAACGGGUGGCUCAAUGUGGCGCAGCAGGACCGGGUCGAUCGGCUGGUGUGGGAUCUGUCGUCACGGAGCGACUGGAAGCCAUUCUUCUCAGACAAGGUCCUUGCGACCGCCGGGCCUGUGCAGCCGUGGUACACGCCGCCACGACUGGAGGUACGGCCGGCGCUCGACCGGGCGGCCACCCGCGCCAUCGCGCUCACCAUGGAGGCACAGCUGACUGAGCUGAUCAAGGCCUACCGAGCAUCGCGGGCUCCGGGCUGGCUCGUCCGAGUCCACGAGCCACUCUCGAACCGGCUGCGGCUGACAAUCAAGCACGUGGACAUGGUGGAGCGCGGCGCCGGAGCGCUCGGAGUCCAGCACGCCAUGGACACAGCGUGGCCGUCGGUCCUCUCGUGCGUCCCGAACGGCGCCUUUCUCCACGCGCGGCUCUUCAAGUUCCGCAACACUUCGAUGGAGGCUGUCUGCCGUCAGCUUGCCUACACCGGGCUCCUCGACGUCACCGCUGUCGGCGUUAUCUACGUCAUUGCCGCCAACCUUGUCUCGCGCCCACUCGGCCUCGAGGAUGUCUGGCUCUGGUUCGGCUACCUCGAGUGGGCCGACGCGUACGUCGGCGAUCCCGACGAGGCCUGA